CCGUGGCCAGCUGCUGCUGACCUCUCUCUCAGACCUGCAGAUGGUGAACAUCUCCUUGCGAGUGCUGUCUCGACCGAAUGCCAUGGAGCUUCCCAGCAUGUAUCAGCGCCUAGGGCUAGACUACGAGGAGCGAGUGCUGCCAUCCAUCGUCAACGAGGUGCUGAAGAGUGUAGUGGCCAAGUUCAAUGCGUCACAGUUGAUCACCCAGCGGGCCCAGGUAUCCUUGUUGAUCCGGCGGGAGCUUACAGAGAGGGCUAAGGACUUCAGCCUCAUCCUGGAUGAUGUGGCCAUCACGGAGCUGAGCUUCAGCCGAGAGUACACGGCCGCUGUGGAAGCCAAACAAGUGGCUCAGCAGGAGGCCCAGCGAGCCCAGUUUUUGGUAGAAAAAGCAAAGCAGGAGCAGCGGCAGAAGAUCGUGCAGGCAGAGGGUGAGGCUGAGGCAGCCAGAAUGAUAUCCUGCUGCAGAGAGAGGUCUCUGCCCAGUCCCUGGAGCAUGAUGCUUCCUCCUUCUCCCUCCUGGGCCGGUUGAUGACACUAAGGCGAAUGCGACUCCGUGCUGUCUGGUCCUUGGCUCCCUGGGGGUGGAGGUUUGGAAUGGGAUCUGAAAUCUUAGUGGGGUGCCCGAGGCCUGGCUCCCCACUGUAAGGCAGAUCCAUAGCACUGCCGGCCUUGCCUCCAUUUCUGCUGCUGCCUCCAGUUUCUGGCAGCUGCCUGCAGGGGGGCCCACAGGUGGGGACCAGGUGGGACCAGGCACG